AUGGGUCGUGUCUCUUCACCAAUGACAGGAAUACCACAAAUUCCUAUGCAGGGAAAGGUUUGGAGUCCUCGCACAGGCUACCAACAAGCCAGUCCUUCUCCACGUGGACGUGGAGGCACUCAAUGGGCAGGCCGCAGUGGUGCGCCGGGAGGUGUCUCACCAUUCCAAAAAAGAGCCGGUCAUAUCGGCGAGAAUUCACCGAGGAUGGUCUCUCCAACUGUAAACAUUAACUUUGUGAGUCCUCCACCUCGAAUGAAUCCUCCGCCGGUGAACAAAGUAGAGCAGAUGAGCAGUGAUAGUAGUUCCAGUUCAAGCAGCGAGGACGAAAGCCCGAAAUAA